AUGACUUCAGCUAAUGAAGAUAUUAAAAAAAUAGAUAUGAUAGAUCCAUCUCUGGAUAAUAAUCUAAAUAAAAUACACACUUUAUUUCAAAGGGACACCCACUCAUCUUUAGGGUCUUUCACUAGUUCAUUAAAGGAUGAAAAAAUAGGUCUGGUAGAUAUCACACAGAAAAAUCUGACCCAAACAGACGAAUCUAAUAUUAACUACAAUAAGGAUGAAACCAAGUUUAGUAAUUCCAAUCCAAAUACAGGUGCUAGAGGUGUCCGUGCUGUUCAAUUAUACGCCAAGCAUUACAAUCAUCCCAUAUAUAGAAUCAUGUUAUUCUUUUCUAUCUUUUUAGUAGCAUAUGCUUAUGGUCUUGACGGGAUGGUUCGUUACACUUACCAGGCCAGUGCUACUUCUUCAUAUGCACAACAUUCGCUUUUGUCUACCGUUAAUUGUAUUAGAUCUGUCAUAGCUGCUGCUGGUCAGAUUUGGUUUGCAAGAGCAUCCGAUAUCGGUGGUAGAUUCCCGUUAUUGAUCAUCGCAAUCAUUUUCUAUUCAAUGGGUACAAUCAUCGAAUCACAAGCUGUCAAUGUCUCCAGAUUUGCUGCAGGUGCAUGUUUCUAUCAAUUAGGUUACACAGGUAUUGUACUUCUAUUAGAAGUCAUCGCUGCUGAUUUCUCAAAUUUGAAUUAUAGACUACUGGCUUCUUUUAUCCCUGCUUUACCCUUUAUUAUUAAUACCUGGAUCAGUGGGGAUGUCACUUCAGCUGUUGGCACAAGAUGGAAGUGGGGGAUCGGUAUGUGGGCUUUCAUCUUACCUUUAAGUUGUAUACCUUUAGGUUGUUGCCUUUUGCAUAUGAAAUGGUUGGCAUAUAGAAAUGAGGAUACAAGGAAACAAUUACUUGAAAUUAAAGAGCAACAAAGCGAAAAAGGUUGGAGAUUACCCAAAUCAUUAUCGGAUUUUUGGAAUGUGUAUGUGAUGGAACUCUUCAUUGAUCAACUGGAUUUUAUUGGUUUAUUACUUAGUUGUGUCACUUUUGGUUGUAUUUUAAUUCCAUUCACCUUGGCAGGUGGAUUGCAAACACAAUGGAAGACUGCUCAUAUUAUCGUUCCAGAAGUUAUUGGUUGGGUGGUCGCAUUGCCUUUAUACUUGAUCUGGGAGAUUAAGUUUGCCAAGAAUCCUUUGACACCAUGGGAUUUAAUUAAAGAUAGGGGUAUCUUAUUUGCCUUAAUUAUCGCCUUUUUUAUCAACUUUAUCUGGUACAUGCAAGGUGAUUACAUGUACACUGUUCUAGUCGUUGCUGUUAAUGAAUCUAUUAAAUCAGCCACACGUAUUACAUCAUUAUACUCAUUUGUCUCUGUCAUCACGGGUACUAUUUUAGGUAUCUUCAUUAUUAAAAUUAGAAGAACUAAGCCAUUCAUCAUCUUUGGUGCAGCAAUGUGGUUCUUAUCAUUCGGUUUGUUGGUCCAUUUCCGUGGUGAUAGUUCUUCACAUUCAGGUAUUAUAGGUUCCUUAUGUUUAUUAGGUUUUGGUGCCGGAUUCUUCACUUACACAACACAGGCCUCGAUCCAAGCAUCUGCAAAGACCCAUGAAAAGUUAGCCAUCAUUACUGCAUUAUAUUUGGCUACCUACAACAUCGGUUCUGCUCUUGGUGGUGCUAUCUCUGGUGCUAUUUGGACCCAAGUUUUACCAAAGGAGAUCUCCAGAAGGUUACAGAAUGAGACUUUAAGUGCUGAAGCAUAUGGAUCUCCAUUCACGUUCAUCUAUGAAUAUCCAUGGGGAUCACCAGAGAGAAUGAUGGUCACUCAAGCUUAUAGACAUGUACAAAAGAUUCUUUGUAUUGUUGGACUAUUUUUUUGUGUCCCUUUAUUGUUCUGCACUUUUAUGCUAAGAAAUUAUAGGUUGAUUGAUAGUGUUACAUUGAGUGAAGGCAAUAACGUUGAUAGCAAGAUUGAAGAAAAUAUAGUUGAAUCAAACAAUAAAGAGUUUUCAGAAGAAAAUAGUGAACCCAAUUUGAGAGAAAAAUUUAUUCAUUGGUUUAAAUAA